UAUGCUCAUUCAAAUUAUACAACUUUUACUGCUGUGUUCAGGAGCUGAUAGUUGUGAUCUACCAAAUUAUUUGUCCAUUAAAACUCCAAGUCCAAUGGAGGCUCUGAGUGGCUCCUGUUUGUGGAUCCCAUGCACCUAUAAAGUUUUACCUCUAAAUAAAGACAUAAACACUGCAGACCCUGUGACUGGCAUUUGGUUUAAAGGUGAUCGUGGGUACAGUACAGAUUCACAGAAUACGUUUUCAGUCAGUGGAGACUCCAGUAAGUCUUAUCCCAUGAAUUUCACUGGGAACCUGAAAAACAAAAACUGCACCACAAUGUUUUAUAAUUUAAACAAAAGCCACAAUGACAAAUAUUACUUCAGAGUAGAGAACAGUGGUUUUAAGGCCACAGCUCGUUGUGACUCUCUUCAAAUAAAAGUCAGAGACUCUCCCUGGAGCCCCACAAUAGAAGUCUCUGGUAAACAGACAGAGACAGAGGUGGUGACUAUAACCUGCUCAGCUGUCACUCCCUGUCCACACGCCCCUCCUCAGCUCACAUGGGACCUCCACCAAGGCACUGCCCACAUCACAGAGACCAACGGGACAUUUACCACUAAAAUCACACAGAACAUCACUCUGACAGACGCCCAUGAUGGACUAAUGAUAAAGUGUAAUGCAGCGUAUCCUGUGAGUGAAGGAUCCAAAAUGGCCAACAGUAACGUGACUCUCAGUGUCUCAUAUGGUCCUAAAAACACCUCAGUGGAGGUCAGUCCGUCCGGUUCACUGUCAGCAGGUCAGUCAGUGACGCUGAGCUGCUCCAGCAGAGCCAAGCCUCCUGUCCACCACUUCACCUGGUUCAGACACAGCUCACAGGGACCAGCCAAUGUCAGCCAGGGACACACGUACAGCUUCAACCUCACUGAAGAGGGACAGUACUAUUGUGUGGCCUCAAAUACACUCGGAAAUGAUUCAUCUCCAUCUGUAAUAAUACUUCAGUCCAAUACUGACUUUACUUUCUUAUCUCCUCGCACCAGCCCCUUACCGAUCCUCUUGCGGGUGGUGGGUCCACAUGAGGACGGCCCCACGUCUGGUGGCCAGGCUUCUCCCCACGGGGCCCCGCCACCAGGCGAGCACCCACCCCAGGCCUGGCUCCAGGGUGGAGCCCCGGUGACGCCGGUCCAGGCGACCUCAGACUCUCCCUGGAGCCCCACAAUAGAAGUCUCUGGUAAACAGACAGAGACAGAGGUGGUGACUAUAACCUGCUCAGCUGUCACUCCCUGUCCACACGCCCCUCCUCAGCUCACAUGGGACCUCCACCAAGGCACUGCCCACAUCACAGAGACCAACGGGACAUUUACCACUAAAAUCACACAGAACAUCACUCUGACAGACGCCCAUGAUGGACUAAUGAUAAAGUGUAAUGCAGCGUAUCCUGUGACUGGAGGAUUCAAAAUGGCCGACAGUAACGUGACUCUCAGUGUCUCAUAUGGUCCUAAAAACACCUCAGUGGAGGUCAGUCCGUCCGGUUCACUGUCAGCAGGUCAGUCAGUGACGCUGAGCUGCUCCAGCAGAGCCAAGCCUCCUGUCCACCACUUCACCUGGUUCAGACACAGCUCACAGGGACCAGCCAAUGUCAGCCAGGGACACACGUACAGCUUCAACCUCACUGAAGAGGGACAGUACUAUUGUGUGGCCUCAAAUACACUUGGACAGGAAUCAUCUCCAGCCGUUACACUGAAUAUAACAGGUAUGUCACCCUAA